AUGGAUUAUUUUUCGCCGCCGCGACCACCUAGUCGCCGCCAAUCUCCCCUCCACAUUCGCGGCCCUUCCGCCACUGUUCCUAGCACCAUUAAGGCCACCGCGCCUCAGGCACCUCCGCCACUACGUCCCCGCGCCUCCACCGCCGCGGCCUCGACGCCGCCGCAGCCCGCGCCCUCCCUCGCCGCGGCCCUGCGCUGCCGCGUCCCCGCGCCUCCGCCGCCGCGGCCUCGACGCCGCCGCUGCCCGCGCCUUCCCUCGCCGCGGCCCCGCGCCGCUGCGUCCCCGCGCCUCCGUCGCCGCGGCCUCGACGCCGCCGCUGCCCGCGCCUUCCCUCGCCGCGGCCCUGCGCCGCCGCGUCCCAGCGCCUCCGUCGCCGCGGCCUCGACGCCGCCGCUGCCCGCGCCUUCCCUCGCCGCGGCCCCGCGCCGCCGCGUCCCCGCGCCUCCGUCGCCGCGGCCUCGACGCCGCCGCUGCCCGCGCCUUCCCUCGCCGCGGCCCCGCGCCGCCGCGUCCCCGUGCCUCCCCUGCCGCGGCCUCGACGCCGCCGCUGCCCGCGCCUUCCCUCGCCGCGGCCCCGCGCCGCCGCGUCCCCGCGCCUCCGUCGCCGCGGCCUCGACGCCGCCGCAGCCCGCGCCCUCCCUUGCCGCGGCCCCGCGUCGCCGCGUCCCCGCGCCUCCGCCGCCGCGUCCCCGCGCCUCCGCCGCCGCGGCCUCGACGCCGCCGCUGCCCGCGCCCUCCCUCGCCACGGCCCCGCGUCGCCGCGUCCCCGCGCCUCCGCCGCCGCGGCCUCGACGCCGCCGCUGCCCGCGCCCUCCCUCGCCGCGGCCCCGCGUCGCCACGUCCCCGCGCCUCCCCUGCCGCGGCCUCAACGCCGCCGCUGCCCGCGCCCUCCCUCACCGCGGCCCCGCGCCGCUGCGUCCCAGCGCCUCCGCCGCCGCGGCCUCCACGCCGCCGCCGCCCGCGCCUUUUUCCUUGACCGCUGCGGGUCCACCCGCGGUCGUCACCCAUGGCUACCCCGUCACCUCCCCCCACCCCCUUUCCUCCUCCCAUUGA